UACAGGGAAAUACAUCACCUUUUUCCUCUGCCAACAGUAAUGCGCAAAAGAAUUGCAGCCCUAUCAUCCACAUGCCUGGAGAGGGCAAAGGGAAUGAAGGCAUGCUUAUGUAGAUUUCUCCAGAAGCCAGAUCAGAGCUCUCACAAUCAAUCAAAAUCAAUGAAAACUAAUAAACAAAGGUCAACCUCAGAGGAAUCCUUCAAGCGCAAGAUAUCUUUUGAAAAACUUCUGUCAAAUAAAUACGGACUGUCUGCCUUCAGAGAUUUCCUCAAGGCUGAGUUCAGUGAGGAAAACAUUGCUUUUUAUCUAGCCUGUGAGGAGUACAGAGGAAUCAAGUCCUCUGCCACACUGUCCGCCAAGGCAAAGACCAUCUAUGAUGAAUUCAUAGCAGGGAAUGCACCAAAAGAGGUCAAUAUUGAUCAUGAGACUAGAUGUGCCACAAAAUGCAACUUAGAACAACCUACCCUGACCUGCUUCGACUCAGCUCAGCAGAAAAUAUACACCCUCAUGGAGAAAGACUGCUACCCGCGCUUUCUGAGUUCUGCAGUCUACCAAGACCUCCUUAAAAAUAAAAGCAACAGGCACCUGUGGCAUGCUUAG